GCGGAGUCUCGCACAACGUUGUAAUUCUACUUCUCGUGUUGUCUACCGAUUUAUUUUCGUUUGACAAUACGGAGUCGUUUGGUGUCAGACGAAGUUGUUCUUAGUGCAUAGUCCAGUGGAUAUUGCAUUAUCCUAAGCAAUGGCAGAAAAGAAGGCUCCCUACCCAGGUGCUCCUCCACAGGCCCCUCAAGGCUUUGUGCAUGGUCCAGCUCAAGCAGCUUAUGGAGUGGCUGGCGCUAGUCCUUAUGGCGUGUUCCCAACCAACCUGUAUGCUGCUGCAGCUGCAGCACAAGCCCAAGCUCAGGGUCCGCCUCCGACUUAUGAUCAAACCUUAGGACACCCUAUGGUUGGACAACAGAUGUACCCGCCUGGUGCUGCAGCUGCUGCCGCUGCUGCUGCUGCUGCACAGAUGUAUGCUGCUCAAGGCUAUCCCGGUUAUCUUGGCUAUCCUCCUUACAACCCAAUGCAGGCUGCUUACUACUCACCUUUAGCAGCGUAUGCGUAUCCAGGAAUGCAGCAAGCUACACCCCAGUUCAGACCUGCAAUCAUGGUUCCGGGUGGCUACGAUGCAGGUGCAAGGUUUGACGGAAUUGCACAAAAUGUGAUCCCCCAGUCUCCUCCUGGAGUGGCUCCCAAUGCCGCACAACUGGCAGCCAUGGCUGGACAUGGUGUGGCUCUUACUCAGAAGAAAGGCUCUUAUUUGGCUGGUGGCAGUGAGGGUGGAUACACGUUCUGGUAAACCUAUUUAAAAUUAAACAAAAAAAAGAAAAAGUUACGACAUACAGUAUCAGAAAACUUAAAAAAAAAAUACAAAAAAAAAAAAACUGAAGGAAAAGUUGUUUUUUAUUUUGCAGAAAGAAAUGAGAAAAUGUCUUUCAAUUAGGGUUGCCCCUACUCCUUUUGUAUCUGUGGGUUGCUGUGAACUUUACCCAAAUAAUAUAAAAUCAUUGUUUGUCAAGAGGCUUUGCUGACUUGGCUGCUCUGUCUAGUUGUUUCUCAAUCCCAAAAAGGAAAUUAUUCUACCCAGUGUUCCUUUACUCUACCUUUUGGAAUGAUAGUUCCAAAUGUUAUGUGCAGUUAUUCUAAUCAAAUAGUGGAGUUGAUGUUUGAAUAUCAAUCAGUAUCUCAAAUGUAUGCCAUCACGUUCCUCUUUCGGUGUCUUCGUGUUGCCAUUUUACUUCUGUGAGGGUAUAGGCUUGGACUUUUUUGCUAAUAGAUCCAGUGAGGAUUAUUUUCAUCUGUGACUUAUUAAGUGCAAAAAUCUCUUAUGCUCUUAGAAAUGUGAUAACAUUUAGUCAAGUUAGGUACUUUCAUUUUUUAAAAGUUGAACUUCUUUAUUUAAGUGAGAAAUUUAAGGAAUGAGAAUGCAUUGUUUUGCAAGUGUCGAUCCAAAUGACAUGCCAAUUCUUUCUGUUUGAAGUACUUCCUAGGUCUGAACCAACUUUUAAGGAAAAGACUUUCUCAUUUUCAUCACAAAGUUUUGUUAAAGGUUCUUUAUUUAUAUUUAUGUAGACACUCUUGAAGUAACCAGUGACAGUCAUUAUCUGUACUUAUGACAGUACUUUUUGUUGAUAGUUAUGAUUGCAAUUUUCAUUCUGUGUGAAGGUGAAAAGUUGAUUGUGAGAAGAAGACAAAAUAUUUUCUUUCCAACCCUUCUUUCCGAACUCCUUGCGUGAAUUGACAUAUCGCAUGUGCUUAUCAAUUGUAUUCCACACAUUGCAACAUUACCUUUUUAGCAUUGUAUGUUUGUUUUGUUUUUGUUUUCCCUUUUGGAUGGCAACCCUAGAUUGUAAGAAUCAUAAUUUUAUCUUACCCAUUUGCCUUAUCGUGAUAAUUUAAUGUGUUGAUAAACUCUUAGUUUUGGGCUUUUAAUGUGGGGAAACGCUCUCAAUGCAAGAUAUCUCAGCCUGUGCUUAGUGUCGGUUCCUCUGUUAGGUCCAAAGCAAUUUCUGCUUACUGAGAUCAUAGAGGAGUGAAAUUGUUUUUAUUUGUCAGUCAAUUCAUUUUUGAUCCACCUUUCAGGUAAUGUUUCCUUAUGCACUGAUCCAGCUAUUGCUCAAGUGUUUCAAGAAAAUUCAAACAGUAAUAGCAGAGUAUGUGUGACUAUCGUCUCUGACCCCCCCAAAAAAAGAAUGAAAUAAAAUACAGAGACAGAGGCAAUUUUUAAAGAUCUGACUUUUCCUCCCCUGUGAUUUCAAUCUGUCCAUGCCAAGAAUUCGUUUUUAUCUCAACCUCAUUUUUUUUAAUUUAUAGCAUUCCAGUUUCUUUUUAUUCUUUUCUCUGUUUUGAAUCAUGUUUUCUAGAAAUGUCAAGUUUUGUCUAUUAUUCUUUCAGAUUGGAAGGUUUUCACGUUGAGAUCAAAAUGGUUCUAAGAAGUCUCCAGUUCCUUUUAUCGGAUGUUUGGAAUCUAUUCAUUGUGAAUUCUUUGUGCAGAACAUGUCCUGAGUAAUGCCAUCAAAAGUGUUCUUUGGUCAUGGUGAGUCUUUGUCAUGGACAGUCAUCUAAAGCCCCUGACCUCAUCAUUUGUUUAUUUGUUAUGAAAACAUCAUAGUGGUAUCGUAUUUCCAACUUAAAAAAUUUGUUUCGUAUUUGUUGUGUUUUUCUCUUGCCUCCAGGGGCAGUUUUGUCAAAAUAGACCAUUCCUUGUUAUUUGAGUAUCAAUAGUGCGGUACUGUAACUCUCUAGUAUGUCACUAUGGUUGUUAUUGUGAUAUUCCUGAUACCAACAGAGGUAGGCAAAAUUGGAGAGAUCAGCUCUUUAUCUGAGAUCUGACACAUUUUUAUGUUGGUUUGCUUGGUGAUUUGUACUUUGUCUCUGCUUUCGCUCUCAUUCUGAAGAGCAAAUCACUGUUACCUACAAUAAUAUGAAAUUGACCGGCUUUAACUGAUAUUAAACUAUUUCACUAUUAAUUAUUGGUGAUGCCAGUUAUGCCUACUACAGAAUGCUUAUUACAUCCAUCUUUUAAGUUGAUUCUCCAAAGCAAUGCCAAGUGUCUUGUUUGCCUACCUCUGAAUGUUUAAAAACAUGAUGGUACCAGUAUCGUUAAAUAUUGAAUGGUAGUGUUGCCAUCUCACAUUUUUUAUAAUACUCAGACAUUUAUACUUAAUGAGAUUCCAUUGUGCUUGAAGCCAGUCUUAAAAUUUAAGCCUUAGAUCAAGUUUUGUUCUGUUGUGUGGAGUAUGAUAAAGAACUGGUGAACUUGAUGGAUUUUGCAAGGACAAAGAUAUUGUUGUUUUCUAUUGCAGUGAAAUAGACAUAGAAAUUGUACAAGUGUGUGUGACUGAAUAUAAAUGUGUGUGAACGUGAGUGUGAUUGUGUGUGGACUGUGAUCUGUUUUAGGAGCAUGCAAGUUUUAAAUGUGAGAGAAUGUGUGUUACUUUUGAAGUUAUUUAAAAAUGAACAAGUUUUCCCACAGAACUUGAAGCUAUUGCUUGACUUCAAGAAUGUUUUCCUCUUUCCAAAAAAAAAAAAAAAAAAA